CUCUCUCUCUGUCCCUGUCCUCCCCCUCUCGCUGCGGACAUGCUCCCGGGUCUCCUCCGGAGAUGAGGCUCCGGAACGUCUCCUUCCUGACGCUGUUGUUGUUCGGGCUGGUCUCGGUGUCCUGGUACACCGCCUUCAGCAGCUCCAGAGGAGAUGUGGUGGAUAUCUACCAGAGGGAGUUUCUGGCGUUGAGGGAGCGUCUCCACUCCGCGGAGCAGGAGAACCUGCGUCGCUCCAAGGAGCUGAACCUGGUGCUGGAGGAGAUCAAACGAGCCAUCGCAGAGAAGCAGGCGCUCAGAGACAUCAACCGGACCUGGAGCAGCCUGUCAGAGGAGACCAGGCUGAAGUUGUGGAAUGUGAGCAGCAGUAAGAACGUCCUGCAGCUUCCCUCCGUCUUCCAUCAUCUUCCUCACCUGCUGAACAGAGAGGACAGUCUUCAGCCCGCUGUCCACCUGGGACAGGGACGCACUGGAGUCUCCAUCGUGAUGGGGGUCCCCAGUGUGAAGAGGGAGGCCCACUCCUACCUGACCGACACCCUCAACUCGCUCAUGUCCGAGCUCAGCGCCGCCGAGAAGGACGACUGCGUCAUCGUGGUCCUCAUCGCUGAGGCGGACCAACAGUACGCCGUCACUGUAGCAGACAACCUGAGGCGCCUUUUCCCGGUGGAGAUUCAGUCGGGUCUGUUGGAGGUCGUCUCUCCGUCCGUCCACUUCUACCCGGACUUCUCCCGACUCCGAGAGUCCUUCGGAGACCCAAAGGAGAGAGUGAGGUGGAGGACGAAGCAGAACCUGGACUACUGUUUCCUGAUGAUGUACGCUCAGACUAAAGGAACUUACUACGUCCAGCUAGAGGACGACAUAGUCGCUCGUCCCAACUACUUCACCACCAUGAAGAACUUUGCGUUGCAGCAGCCGUCAGAGGAGUGGAUGAUUCUGGAGUUUUCUCAGCUCGGCUUCAUCGGAAAGAUGUUCAAGUCUCUGGACCUGUCGCUCAUCGUGGAGUUCAUGCUCAUGUUCUACAAGGACAAGCCCAUCGACUGGCUGCUGGACCACAUCAUGUGGGUCAAGGUCUGCAACCCAGAGAAGGACGCCAAACACUGCGACCGACAGAAAGCGAACCUGAGGAUCCGCUUCAAGCCGUCGCUCUUCCAACACGUGGGCACACACUCCUCUCUGGCCGGGAAAAUACAGAAGCUCAAGGAUAAGGACUUUGGGAAACAGAGCCUGCACAAGGGUCACGCCAACCCGCUGGCAGAGGUCACCACCAGCCUGAAGACCUACCAGCACUUCACCCUGGAGAAGGCCUACCUGGGGGAGGACUUCUUCUGGGCCUUCACACCUGUCGCGGCCGAUUUCAUACGGAUACGAUUCUUCACACCCGUCCGCAUAGAGAGGUUUUUCUUUCGAAGCGGAAACAUCGAACAUCCAGGAGACAAACUCUUCAACGUGUCCGUGGAGGUUCUGCCGUUCGACAACAUUCAGGCAGACAAAGAGGCCUUGACAGACGGGAGGGAGAAAACGCCAAAGUAUCACCGGACAGAAGACGGAUUUAUCAGAAUAGGAACGUUCCAGAAUGGGAUUGCAGAGGGGGAGGUGGACCCCACGUUCGGACCCCUGGAGGCCAUGCGUCUCUCUGUGUUGACGGACUCUCCGGUCUGGGUGAUCCUCAGCGAGAUCUUUAUAAAGAAAGCAGAGUGAAGCCCCCCCCCCUCUGUGAUACCUCAGAACCUCCAUGUUCAGAUGACCUGAUGGAGACUCGUCACAUGACGUCCUGCACGCCAGAUCUCCACCACGGGCCCACAGCGCCGCCGUCUGGCCACACCUCAUCAUCGCAGGGCUGAACAGACCAAUGACUGAAAACAAGAAAACACACAGACAGGCUGAUGAAGAUGAAGAUGAUGAUGCAGAUAAUGACGAUGAUGGUGAUGACGAUGAUGAUGAUAAGGAUGAUGAUGAUGAUGGUGAUAAGGAUGGUGAUGAUAAGGAUGAUGAUGAUGAGGAUGGUGAUGAUAAGGAUGAUGAUGAUGAGGAUGGUGAUGAUUAUGAUGUUGAAGAUGGUGGUGAUGAAGAUGAUCGUCUCAGAUGAAGCUGUAAUUAAUCCUGAUGUAUUUAUGUGUACAUACAUACAAGGUAAAUGUUAAACACUGGUUGUCAUGGAGACAAUGAAUGAUGAUGAAACUGCUGCUUCCAAUGUCAAAGGCCCCUCCCCCCCAGUAAACACGUAUGUGCAUAUAUGCAUAGAACUGUAGACGCUCUCAUGUGAACGACCUUUCCGUGUGUUGAUGUGCGUCUCUAGUUGCUCGGGUUUCGUUUUCCCUCCAUCGUGAGCGAUUUGCCUUAAAGACGAAGAGCAGGUUUACGGUUAACAGAGGCAGCCCCGGACUGGAGCGACUGAUUACCCAGAAUCCUCGGCCCCUCAAACCAUGUGACUUCAAACUACUGACGACGACAGACAAUGAUUCGCUUUGAUACAAAAUCUCUUUUUAUUUGAACUCAGGCCAUGUCACUGACGACUGCUCUGUACCUUUCUACUAUACUCUCUACUGCACUCUACUCUACUGUACUGUUCUCUCUACUGUACUGUUCUCUCUACUGUACUCUACUCUACUGUACUGUUCUCUCUACUGUACUCUACUCUGAUGUUCUCUACUCGACUGUACUCAACUCUGCUCUACUCCUUUUACAUAUUUAUCUGUACAUUGCUCUACUCUACUGUACUUCACAGUACUCCAAUGUACAUGAAUGGGUUCUACAGUACUCUGGUGUACUUCAUUGUGCUUAACUGUAUUAUGCAGUACUCUGUAGUACUCUACAGUACUCUGUGUUGCUCUACAGUACUCUAGUGUACUCUCCUGUGCUGUAGUUUUGCAGUCCGUUGCAGAAACACUGACUCACAUCUUUUCCUCCUGUUUCAGUCUCAUUGACGUGUUGGAGGUAAAUAAUAAUGAUUUCUACAUGUAACUCACCGAAGUUAUUCGCAGGAACAAAAUGGUUCAUUUGAGGAAGUGAUUUAUUUUUUUAUUCCAUGAAAACUUUGUUCAGAUUCAGACUCAGCCUCUUGUCGACUCGGGGCUCAGAUUGAAGACAGGCCGAGCAGAACGAUGAAGUGAACUGAGUUUCUCCGAGCUGCAGGAAAACCUCUUUUCUUUGUAAGAUGCACUGGAAUGCAUCGCUAUAAUCUUGUGUUUGUCUUUUGUAUCCUUUAGAUAAACUCUAUUUAAAUGAUCUCAAACUUCUAUCUGAUCUGUGAAUUGUUAAUAAAGACAGAAAUUGAAAUGACA